CGUGAGAUGCGAGACCUUACGCAAGGAAUCUUUCUGAAAGAGGUUACUUGAAAUGAGAAGUAGAUAGCUGGAGCACUAAACCCGUUCAGACGUAGCACAGUGAGCAGGUUGUGUAUUCUAGACUACCGCGGCCUGCUUUACUCUGGCACGUCAGGCAGUCGCUCACAGCAGGAUCAAUACGACACGAACUUAAUACAUUGCAUAUGGAACAGUAACGGAUCACUGGCACAGGUAAAAACAAACGGAGCUCAGAGUGUGAAUUCUACUGCUUAGCCACAAGACUGCUGAUAUGCCGUCACCGAAGGAAGAAGACGCCCCAGAGCGUGUCCCCGGGCCAAAAGCCGCGGAGGGGUCCAAAGCUACGACCCCUACGACGCAGAUUGCCAAUGGUGGAACCAGAGCGUUUUUUAUUCAAAAGGCGAAAAACAAGUUCAUCAUGCUGAAGGUUCUGAAGCAGUUUCGGGGCAAGGACACUGCAAGACAAAAUUCAGAGGAAUCCGACAAAACGCGUCGCCAGAGUAAAUUGUCAUCUGAAACCAAGAGUCCAAGCACGGAUGAUGACCUCGAAGAUUCGGAAUAUAACCCAAUGUAUAAAUUACGAGAUGCCAGACAACGAAGCACACGGAAAUGUAUCAUAUUGCAUUAUUCGCCGUUCAAAGCCGUUUGGGACUGGAUCAUUUUGCUGUUGGUAUUGUACACCGCUGUCUUUACGCCGUUUACGGUAGCGUUUCUCUUAAACGAGGACGAAAGAAAGAUGCAACAGAACCAUGCUCCUAAAACACGAGAGAGAAACGCAGGAAAAUCUCAAGCUGAACCUUUGGUUAUCAUCGACCUCUUGGUUGACAUAAUGUUCAUCGCCGACAUUCUAAUAAAUUUUAGAACCACUCACGUCCACAAUGGAGAAGUGGUCUCCGACCCACAGAAAAUAGCUAAAAACUAUCUUAAAGGCUGGUUUAUCAUUGAUGCCGUGGCCGCCAUUCCAUUUGACUUGCUUCUGUUUGGCUCAGGCACUAGUGAUACCAUGACCAUCACUGGCGUUCUAAAAACCGCGAGACUGCUGAGAUUACUCCGCGUUGCCAGACGUAUGGACCAGUAUUCAGAGUACGGUGCUGCUGUGUUGCUUUUGAUGAUGGCACUGUUCACGCUCAUUGCCCACUGGCUGGCUUGUAUAUUUUAUGGCAUUGGAUAUGUCGAAAGACCCACAUUAAAUGAACCUAUAUCAUGGCUAGAUACACUAGCCGAUAAAAUGCAGACGCCAUAUCUAAAAAAUGAUACAACUAGUGGCCCAGAUAUCACAUCUCGAUACAUUACUGCACUAUAUUUUACCCUUACAACGCUCACGAGUAUUGGAUUUGGAAAUGUAGCGCCAAAUACGAACGCCGAGAAAAUAUUUGCUAUAUUUGCCAUGAUGGUUGGAUCUCUCAUGAGCGCUGCCAUCUUUGGAAACGUUUCUUCCAUCAUGCUGCGACUUUAUCAAGGAACAGAAGAAUUCCAUGAGCGUUCCGAGAGCAUAAAAGAGUUUAUCAAAUUCCACAACAUCCCUAAACAGUUGGCAAACAGGCUUCAGGAAUCGUUCCAGCAUUCGUGGACGUACACCAAUGGAAUUGACAUGCAAAGCGUAUUGAAAGGUUUCCCAGACUGUCUGCAGGCAGACAUAUGUCUUCAUCUAAACCGGAAUCUCUUGAAUAGUUCCGCAGCAUUUCGAGGCGCUAGCCCUGGUUGUCUUCGAGCAUUGUCGCUUAAAUUUCGCACUACGCAUGCGCCUCCUGGAGACACGUUGAUUCACCCAGGGGACAUAUUGACCUCCAUCUACUUCAUAGCAAGAGGAUCCAUUGAGGUCCUGAAAGAUGACAUAGUAAUGGCAAUUUUGGGAAAAGACGACAUUUUCGGCGAAGACGCCAGUAACUUUUCCACCUUGGGCAAGUCCAACUAUUGCGUCAGGGCUCUGUCCUACUGCGACCUCAAUAAGAUUGAUAUCGAUGAGCUGCAAGGAAUCCUCAAUACCUACCCAGAAUUUACCAAAAAGUUUGUUAAAAACUUCCAUGUCACAUUUAAUCUGAGAGACCCGAGUGCCACGGGGCAGUUAUUAAAGCAGAGAAAAUCCGGGAAGUUUGACGAACAAACCCUUCGUUUUAUUCGCCAGAAGAGACCUAAACUCCAGUGCAGAGGAAGACCAUCGGAUGCAGAUACCCGCGGAGGUGCUCCUGGAAGACAACGAUUUGGAGUUAGAAAGAAAAUCCAGAACGCUCAUGAACGUCAUGCAGCUCGCGUCGCAAGAGGUCACCUCCGCUCCACGAGCAGAGACAAAACCCAGGCAUCCAUUGCAGAGUCAAGUGACGAAGAGGAACCCAAGAUACUCGAGCUCUCCACGCAAAGAUCCACUGAUAUUCAAGGUACUGCCACCGUAGGUCGGUACCGGAAUAAGAAAACCAAGAGGGAUGGGUUUAGGCGGAGCUCUGUGCCUGGUGUGGCUUUCUCAUCAUUAAUCAUGCCUGCACAUGUGAGGCAACGUCGAACGAGCCAGCCGGCCAUACUUACGAGCGCCCUGCAGGAACCACCCCAGAAGGAAGCAGAUAUACCUGUAUUGGCUCUUCCUCCUCCAAGUCAGCCGAUAUCUGCCAGCGACUCGGCAGCACUGGAGCAGGACAGUGGCGUUCCCCUCACUCAUCAGUCUGGCGAUUUGCCACUUGGUGUUUCUCACGAAAGCUCGUCAUCUCUGGUACCAAAAUCCAGCGUUUCAAGCGUUGGACCAUUGCAUCCGACCUCAGCGCCGUCAGACUACGUCAUACAGCCACAGCCCGUACAACAGGUGCCAGCAGAGCCUCACCACACACAGGGGCAAAAACUGACCUGGGCAGAGGUGGACACUAGGCUAGAUCAUCUUACUAGGAGGAUGAAAGCCUUCGAGUAUAACCUCACUUCAACAGUGGACGCCAUACUGGAGGUGCUUGGCUACGACCCUGCAGUCAUUCGACCGCUCUAUCAGCAAGGCGUCAUGGGAAGCGUUCCCCCUGAUACAGGGACGCUUACGCCCACGGACGCCCGUCACGAUGUUAUUCUGAUUAGACGGACCCAUUCAGAUAGCACUGUUAUAACAGCGCCAGCACCAUUUGAUCAAGUUGGAGAUCAGACGGGAAUACAGAGGGCCAUGACGGCCCCUUAACCUGUUGAAAGAAUAUAUUUAUUACUUUCACAGUUGAUGGUGUGCAUAACCUAUUAUUUUUUCAUUUUGGAAAAGAUGUGGGUAAAUGGGUAAACUGUUUCAUUCCAAAAUCGCCUAAGAAGACGGUGGUUGUUUAUACAUCUAUUCCAAGAACUCUAACGAGUGUUCGUCUGUUUAACGUAUAUAGUCCUAAUUUGUAUUUAUCUAUAUUUGUCAAUCAUCAUAUAAUGCUUGAUUGCUCUUAGACCUAAAUACCCAUGUGAUAGAGACAUUUUCUUUUGAAUGAGUCCUCACCUGACCAAAAUAUAGAUGCAGUGGUCUGCGUGGAUUGCAAGUGAUUUUUUUUUAGAUAAAAAAAUUAUAUAGAUCUAUUAUAAAAUCAAACAUGUCGUUAAUCAUACUGCAAGCAAAUAAAUAUAUAUGUAUAUAUGUAUAAUUGAAAAAAAAAUCAUUUGGUUUUAGUUGCUUUAAUCCCUUUUCGAAAUUAUUUGGGCUACAUACAGCAUAGA